AUACCACGGCGGUGGCGGCGGUGGAGGCGGUGCGGGCAGCGCCGCGGGCUUGGAGGCAGUGUCACGGCCCCAGACUCCAGCUCGACUCCCGGUCGCCUUCUGCGCUGCGGCGUGCCAGGCCACCAUCCAGGAUGCAGUGGGCGGUGGGUCGGCGGUGGGCGUGGGCCGCGCUGCUUCUGGCUGCAGCGGCUGUGUUGGCUCAAGUCGUCUGGCUCUGGCUGGGUACGCAGAGCUUCGUCUUCCAGCACGAAGAGAUCGCGCAGCUGGCACGGCAGUAUGCGGGGCUGGACCACGAGCUGGCCUUCUCUCGGCUGAUCGUGGAGCUGCGGCGACUGCACCCAGGCCACGUGCUGCCCGACGAGGAGCUGCAAUGGGUGUUCGUGAACGCCGGUGGCUGGAUGGGCGCCAUGUGCCUUCUGCACGCCUCGCUGUCCGAGUACGUGCUGCUCUUCGGCACCGCCCUGGGCUCCGGUGGCCACUCCGGGCGCUAUUGGGCUGAGAUCUCGGAUACCAUCAUCUCUGGCACCUUCCACCAGUGGAGAGAGGGCACCACCAAAAGUGAGGUCUUCUAUCCAGGGGAGACAGUGAUGCACGGGCCUGGAGAGGCGACAGCUGUGGAGUGGGGGCCGAACACGUGGAUGGUGGAGUACGGCCGGGGUGUCAUCCCAUCUACCCUGGCCUUCGCGCUCGCUGACACAGUCUUCAGCACCCAGGACUUUCUCACCCUCUUCUAUACUCUUCGCGCCUAUGCCCGGGGCCUCCGGCUUGAGCUUACCACCUACCUCUUUGGCCAGGACUGCUGACCAGCAGGGCCUGAAGGAGGACCUGUGGAUGGACAGGAGUAGGCAGGCCUACUGGAGCCUGUGUGUUUGGGAACAUACUCAUACCAUGCAGAUGCUGAGUUCCUGGUGUACAAGCAGGGACGUACAUGCUUAUACAUCCAAACACAGAGACUUGUGGGAACAUAUGAAACCCAUAUGCAGAUAGUGAGAUCUGUAUG